UGGAAGGAAUAUAAAGCAAUGUUCAGUUAAUGCUGUGGAAAUUCAAGCUGGCAACUUCAUUUGGGAUCAGGAAUCAGUGUCACCAACUUUAAGAAAUGUGAAUUUAGAAAUCAAAUGGGGACAGAAAACAGCAGUUUGUGGACCAGUUGGAGCUGGCAAAUCAUCUCUUUUGUAUGCAAUACUUGGAGAGAUUCCCAAGACUUCAGGAACAGUUAAUGUAGGUGGCACUCUAGCCUAUGUUUCUCAAUCUUCUUGGAUACAAAGUGGAACGGUUCAAGAUAAUAUACUCUUUGGCAAGCCAAUGGACAAAACAAGAUAUGAGAAUGCCAUUAAAGUCUGUGCCUUGGAUAAGGAUAUUCAUGAUUUUAGCCAUGGUGAUCUCACAGAAAUAGGUCAGCGAGGGAUUAACAUGAGUGGAGGACAAAAGCAAAGGAUUCAACUAGCUCGAGCAGUCUACAAUGAUGCUGAUAUCUAUCUUCUUGAUGACCCUUUCAGUGCAGUUGAUGCGCAUACUGCUGCUAUUCUGUUCAAUGACUGUGUCAUGACGGCUCUAAGAGAGAAAACAGUUAUUCUAGUGACUCAUCAAGUGGAGUUCCUCUCAGAAGUUGAUAAAAUCCUGGUAAUGGAGGGUGGAAAAGUUAUUCAAUCAGGUAGUUAUGAGGAUCUCCUGACAGCUGGGACAGCCUUUGAACAACUUGUGAGUGCCCACAAAGAGACAAUUUCAGAGAUGGAUCAAAAUAAUGAAAACAAAGGAGGAUCUGAAAAUGAGGUUGUGGCUCAUCCACAGGAGUCUCAUGGUUUUCAUCUCACUAAAAAUCAAAGUGAGGGUGAGAUCUCUACCAAGGGUCAACUUGGGGUGCAGCUUACACAAGAAGAAGAAAAAGUGAUUGGUAACGUUGGAUGGAAGCCAUUCUGGGAUUAUAUUUCCUUUUCCAGGGGGUUAUUCAUGCUGUGUUUGGUCAUGUUAGGACAAUCUGCUUUUGUUGCUUUGCAGACUGCAUCAACAUAUUGGCUUGCUAUAGCCAUUGAAAUUCCAAAAAUAACUAGUGGCACCUUGAUUGGAGUUUACUCUUUAAUUUCAUUUGUUGGUGCUGCUUUUGUAUAUCUAAGGUCUUACCUGACUGCACUUCUUGGAUUAAAGGCUUCUACAACCUUCUUCUCUAGUUUCACUACAGCUAUCUUUAAGGCUCCUAUGUUGUUCUUUGACUCAACCCCUAUAGGGAGGAUUUUAACCCGAGCUUCUUCAGAUUUGAGUAUUUUGGACUUUGAUAUACCUUAUUCCAUGACUUUUGUAUUGUCUGUGGCAAUUGAAAUUCUGGUGACAAUUUGUGUAAUGGUUUCAGUCACAUGGCAAGUUCUCAUUGUUGCUGUUCCUGCAAUGAUUGCAUCAAAAUAUAUUCAGGGAUAUUAUCAAGCCUCUGCAAGGGAACUAAUAAGGAUCAAUGGAACCACAAAAGCUCCAGUCAUGAAUUUUGCAGCUGAGACAUCACUUGGAGUGGUUACUGUAAGAGCAUUCAACAUGGUGGACAGAUUUUUCAAAAAUUACCUAAAGCUGGUGGACACAGAUGCAGCACUGUUCUUUCAUUCUAAUGUGACCAUGGAAUGGUUAAUUUUAAGAAUUGAAGUACUUCAAAAUUUGACAGUCUUCACUGCAGCUUUGUUAAUUAUUCUACUCCCUCAGGGAUACGUGUCCCCAGGCCUUGUAGGACUUUCUCUUUCUUAUGCUUUCACAUUGACAGCAUCCCAAGUAUUUUGGACUAGAUGGUUUUGCAACUUCUCAAACUAUAUUAUCUCAGUUGAAAGAAUCAAACAAUUCAUUAACAUACCAGCCGAGCCACCUGCCAUUGUGGAGGAUAAAAGGCCUCCAUCUUCAUGGCCUUCUAAGGGUAGGAUUGAUCUUCAAGCCUUAGAGAUUAGAUAUCGUCCAAAUGCUCCAUUAGUUCUUAAGGGUAUCACUUGUACAUUCAAAGAAGGGAGUAGAGUGGGAGUUGUAGGAAGGACUGGAAGUGGAAAAAGUACCCUUAUAAGUGCUUUGUUUCGCUUAGUUGAGCCUGCAAGAGGUGAUAUUCUUAUAGAUGGGAUUAACAUAGGCUCAAUGGGGUUGAAGGAUUUGAGAACAAAUCUAAGCAUCAUACCUCAAGAACCAACUCUUUUCAAGGGCAGCAUUAGAACCAACUUGGACCCUCUAGGCCUGUACUCAGAUGAUGAAAUAUGGAAGGCUUUAGAGAAAUGUCAGCUUAAGGAAACAAUUAGCAGUCUACCAAGUCUCUUGGACUCUUCAGUGAGUGAUGAAGGUGGAAAUUGGAGCUUGGGACAACGCCAACUGUUUUGUCUUGGAAGAGUACUACUUAAGAGGAACAGAAUUCUUGUUCUGGAUGAAGCUACUGCCUCCAUUGACUCUGCCACAGAUGCUAUUCUACAAAGAAUAAUUAGACAAGAAUUUGCACAAUGCACAGUUAUAACCGUGGCUCAUAGAGUUCCAACUGUAAUAGAUAGUGACAUGGUCAUGGUCCUGUCUUAUGGGAAAAUGUUGGAAUAUGAUGAGCCUUCAAAGCUAAUGGAAACCAAUUCUUCAUUCUCUAAGCUGGUUGCUGACUAUUGGUCUAGCUGCAGGAAGAAUUCCUCCCAAAACAUUAGGAGUAGCCAGUAAGGGUGUAAAUGGGCCUGACUAGCCUUAGCCUGACCUACAGCCCGACCUACGUUGAGCCUGGUCUGACCUGGCCUUUCUGCAAAAUAGUAUAGGCUAAGGUUUAUAAGAAAGUCUUUUAACAAAUAAGCCAUAGACCAUCUUUGUCAAGCCUGGCCUAAAGCCUCGUAGGCUGGCCUAUUUAAAUUUUUUUAAAUAAUAUAAUAUAUUUAUUCUAGGUGGCAAAGUAUCAACCCUAAUUUCUUUUGAGCACCGCUGCUUCUAGGUGAUUUUUCACUCUCGUCUCUAAGUUUCGUCUUUGGCUGACCCAAUAAUUGUAUUUCUUUCUUGAUUUUUCUCAUUUCUUUGACUCUAAUUCCUCCCUGAUAUACAUUCUAGAGCUGGGGUAUUAUG